CUGCUGCUCCGGCUGCUGCAGGAGGCGGCGCUGGCUGGCGGCUGCGCUCGCUCCAGUCGGCGAGCGGAGGAGCGAGCGAGCGUGUGUGUGUUUUUUAAAGAUGGCCGGAGCGGCGGCGGCGGUGGCCGCCGGAGCAGCAGCUGGAGCCGCCGCGGCAGCGGGGUCGGUGUCGGCUCCGGGUCGGGCCUCGGCGCCCCCUCCGCCUCCGCCCGUGUACUGUGUGUGCCGGCAGCCGUACGACGUGAACCGCUUCAUGAUCGAGUGCGAUGUCUGCAAGGACUGGUUCCACGGCAGCUGUGUUGGUGUAGAAGAACAUCAUGCUGUUGACAUUGAUUUAUAUCACUGCCCCAACUGUGCGCUUCUGCAUGGUUCUUCCUUGAUGAAAAAGAGGAGGAACUGGCACAGGCAUGACUACACAGAAGUGGAUGACGGCUCCAAACCUGUGCAAGCCGGAACUAGGGCCUUUGUUAAAGAGCUGCGUUCUCGAGUCUUCCCAAGUGCCGAUGAAAUCAUUGUAAAGAUGCAUGGCAGUCAGCUGACACAAAGAUACCUGGAGAAACAUGGAUUUGAUGUUCCUAUUAUGGUCCCUAGAUUAGAGGACCUUGGACUCAGGCUCCCUUCACCAGAUUUUUCAGUGAUGGAUGUGGAACGUUAUGUAGGUGGUGACAAAGUAAUAGAUGUCAUUGAUGUGGCAAGGCAGGCAGACAGCAAAAUGACACUUCACAAUUAUGUUAAAUACUUCAUGAAUCCUAACAGACCAAAAGUGUUAAAUGUGAUCAGCCUUGAAUUUUCAGAUACAAAGAUGUCUGAAUUGGUGGAGGUCCCUGAUAUAGCCAGAAAACUUUCCUGGGUGGAAAAUUACUGGCCAGAUGAUUCAGUCUUCCCUAAGCCCUUUGUCCAGAAAUACUGCUUAAUGGGAGUUCAAGAUAGCUAUACAGAUUUCCACAUUGACUUUGGUGGGACUUCUGUCUGGUACCAUGUCCUUUGGGGUGAGAAGAUUUUUUAUUUGAUAAAGCCAACUAAUGAAAAUUUGGCACUCUACGAAUCGUGGAGCUCAUCUGUGACCCAGAGUGAGGUGUUCUUUGGAGAUAAAGUAGAUAAAUGCUACAAAUGUGUGGUAAAGCAGGGACAUACCUUAUUUGUUCCUACAGGGUGGAUUCAUGCUGUGCUCACUUCUCAGGACUGUAUGGCUUUUGGGGGUAACUUUCUACACAAUCUCAACAUUGGCAUGCAGCUCAGGUGUUAUGAGAUGGAGAAAAGACUAAAAACACCAGAUCUUUUCAAAUUCCCUUUCUUUGAAGCCAUAUGCUGGUUUGUAGCCAAAAGUUUGCUGGAAACCCUGAAAGAACUGAAAGAAGAUGGGUUCCAGCCUCAAACCUACUUAGUACAGGGAGUGAAAGCACUGCAUACUGCUUUAAAAUUAUGGAUGAAAAAAGAACUUGUAUCUGAACAUGCCUUUGAAAUUCCAGACAAUGUUAGACCUGGACAUCUUAUUAAGGAACUUUCUAAAGUUAUUCGAGCAAUAGAGGAAGAAAAUGGCAAACCAAUUAAAUCUCAGGGAAUUCCUACUGUGUGUCCAGUUUCACGGCCUUCAAAUGAAGCAUCUUCACCAUAUCAUUCCCGGCGAAAGAUGAGGAAACUUCGAGAUCAUCAUGUCAGAACUCCUUCUAACCUAGAUAUCCUUGAGCUCCAUACAAGGGAAGUCCUCAGAAGAUUAGAGAUGUGUCCGUGGGAGGAGGACAUACCGAAUGGAAAAUUCAACAGACAUAUCCAGCCAUCUUCUACAGGACCUGAAUGGAGGGCAAAAGAGAGUGAGCUACGAUUACUGCUUACAAAUGGAAGAAUAAUUAAAGAUGAGAGACAGCUGUUUGCAGAUCGGAGUCUUUAUACAGCAGAUAGUGAAAAUGAAGAAGACAAGAAACCAACAAAGAAGGCAGACAUAAAGACAGAGAGCUCAGGAAGAGAGGGGGCAGAAAGUGAAGGAUCUCCAAAACCACUAAACAGAACUUUUACAAGUGUAAAAUCAGAACUCAGGAAUAGAACAUCAGGAUAUUCUGAUGUUUCUGAUUCAGAAGACUCUGGACCUGAUUGCACUGCACUGAAAAUUAAUUUUGCCACAGAAGAUUCUGAAAGUUCAGGUGAUGAAAAGAAACAUGAAAUAACAUCAAACUUUAAGGAGGAAUCCAAUAUAGUGAGGAACUUCCUUCAAAAGAGCCAGAAGCCAUCUAGAAAUGAAAUUCCAUUUAAAAGGGAAUAUCCUACCUCGACGAGCACAGAGGAAGAAGCUAUUCAGGGCAUGCUGUCUAUGGCAGGGUUGCACUACUCCACGUGUUUACAGAGGCAGAUACAAAGCACAGACUGCAGCAGUGAGAAGAACUCUCUCCAGGAUCCCAGCAGCUGCCACAGCAGUAACCCUGAGCUUAGGCAGCUGUAUCGCUGUGAUAAACCAGUAGAAUUUGGAUACCAUGACAAGACUGCAGAUCAAGAUUUGAGGACUUCUUCCUGGACUAAACAGUUUGAUAGGACUUCCAGAUUUAAUCCUCAGGACUUAAGUAGAAGCCAGAAAUACAUCAAAAAGGAAAGCUCUUCAGAAAUCAGUCAGAAGGCACAAAGCAGGCAUUGUGUGGACAGCAGUAACUCAAGCAUUCAAAAUGGAAAGUACAUGCUGAAUCCUAGCUUGGUUUCAGGGCCAUGCCAAAUAGCUAAUGGCAGUCUAAGUCCGGAAAGGCCUAUUGGUGAAACUUCUUUUUCAGUGCCCCUUCACCCCACCAAGAGACCUGCAUCAAACCCACCACCCAUCAGCAACCAGGCAACAAAAGGUAAACGUCCAAAAAAAGGAAUGGCAACAGCUAAACAGCGUCUUGGGAAAAUCCUUAAAUUGAACAGAAAUGGCCAUGCACGUUUCUUUGUGUGACAAAGCUGCUCUUGCAGUCACUCUCCCUUCUGGAGGCCAGUCUUGGGAUGUGGAGGCCUGGCGUGUCCACCGUCCACCGUCCCUGCCCGGAGCAGCUGUGUACAGUAAGAACACUGCCUGAAGAACAGAACGGACCCGAUGCUGCGUCUUCACUGUGCCACACCCACUCAGCAAUAACCCUUUGGACCUGGUCGGGAGAGGAAGAAGGAGGGUAGAACCUUAAAAAGAGGCCUUGAACUGGAAAGGGGUCUCUUGUCAGGGCUUGAAUUUAAGUUUGUUGUUGGUAGUGUCUUGAUUUAUUUUCAGUAGUAGGAUAAAGAAUUAUCAAUAAUUUAUUUAACAGAUUUUUUUUUAAAGUUAACAGCUUUUAAAUUCUUUCUUUUUUAAAGCUAUUUAUUUGGAAGAUUUCUGGAGAAAUAUCUCACUAAUUUAGAUUUAAGAAUGUGAAGGUUUUUAAAUUAUUUUUGAUAGUGUGUGUGUUACUUGUGGGAAGAGCCACAGUAACGGUAGCUAGUCUGGACUCUUAAAUUUGAUAUUCAGGUUAAAGUCUUAAACAGGGAUUUGAUGCAUUAAUUAUUUUAAAUUAAGAUGUAUAUGAAAUCAUUUUAUUUUAUAUAUUUCAUGUGUUUUUUAUAAGCUAUUAGCUUCGCUUUUGCUAACAUCCAAGGUGCAUACUGUUAUCCAGGUUGAUUCCCUUACACCCCCCACCUUCCCACUGCACCCUCCCCCGCAACAUAUUGAGAUGACCCAAGACUCUUCUCUUUGCAGGGAAACACCUUCAUAGCCAAUGUUUAAGAACCACAUAAAAGAGUCCUCAUUUCUCGUUUCUUUUGACAUUGUGGUUUUCUUCUACAUGUAAAGAAACAGGCUUGUUUCAUUUUCAUUUCUCCUGAUGAUAUCUGGGUCCCAAAGAGAACAGCUUUAAUAUCUUUUUCCUAUGGGGAAAGUAUAUGUUUGGUUAAAAUGUCAUGUUCGUAGUUUUUCCAAAAACCUUUAUAAUUACAGAGGGCCUUCUUCAUACUGCUGGUGUUGGAAGAGCCAACAUCUAACACAGGUUAUAUCUUCCCAUGGUUUUAUUAACUAGACAUAAUUUUUUAGAAAUACAAUUUGAUUUAGGAUGUUCAAAUCUGCAUAAAAUCCAUAAUACAAUAAGAUUAUACUAUAUUAAGUUGUAUAGAAGCAAGCAUGUUGGAAUGGGAUGUGUGUGUGUGUGUGUGUGUUUUACUUUUUAAUUUUCUGAAGAAUUAUUUCAAUACAGAUUUGGAGUAAAAUGGGUGCUUUCUGCAGUUUCUUCCAUCUGUCUUGGCUAGUAGCAUAUGGAGGUUUAAGUAUCUGGUUGAAUUUUAGUUAAAAUAAUCAUUUAUCUCUUUUAUGUACAACUUUUACUAAAUGCAAGUUUUCAGUUGCUUGUAAUAGUUUUUAGUCUCCCUAUUUUCCCUCAUGGCAUAAAAAUAAAUUAAUACUGGGGGUCUGAUAGUAUCAUAUUUUACAAAUUCCUAUAAAGACAAUAUAGGCAAAUAAUGUGAGAUUUAUUUUUAUGGAGAAGUAUGGCUGUAUAAUGGAUUUGUCUUUUUCACUCAGCAAAGUAGCUAGACGUUUCCUUCUGCACUAAGCAUUAAGUUGUAAGGAAAGAAUUAUGUACCAUUAUCUUUCAUAGUUGCAUUCAAAGCAUAUAUUUCCAAAGAGAAAUAUUUCUUACUCUGUCUUUUACAAUAUUUCAUGGGAUAAAGAAAUUAUGAGUUGAUCUUUUUGUUCCAGAUUAUCUGGACAAAAAUUUCGCUCUUAUUUUGGGUGUCAGGAAGAAGGAUUUUUAUGAAAUUGUUAGUAUCUGUAGGAGCCUCCCUAACCCCUGCCUGCACUAUGCCAUAACUAGUAGAGAGAAGAAUGCAGUCCAGCUGGAGGUUGUAUCUCAAGAUACCAAACUCUGGAUUGACUGGUCCCUCACCUUCUCACAGUAUAUCACUGUAAUGUCUUUGUUUUCUGUUUUAUUGUUAGGGCACACAUUUUUUAUUUGGGUUAAGAAAUAAAAAGGAUGAUUUCUUUUUCCAGUUAUAAUGGGUUGGAAUUUUUUUUUUACAACUCUUAAGUAUUUUAACUAUUUUUUGAUCAUAAAAUUUAAAACAAUUUAUUUUUAUGAGUUAAAAUUGUGGCCAGUAUCCACCCUGUGUCUUUAGGCUAAUAAAACACUAAUUUUGAGUUGCCACUAUUUCAAAUUUUUAAAUAACAGUACUGUGAAUUCAUUUUUGAGCAUUUAAAACCCAUAACUGACUAAAUUACAAAACUUUUAGCAAGUCUCUAAUAAAGCAUCCAUAUAUCUUUUUCUGAGUUGAAAAUUUUCAGCCACACAGCCAGUGACUUUUCUAGUGAAACCUAUUCUAUAGUUUCCCAACUGUGAUGUGUCCUUUUAUCUCAUAGAAAUGGCUGGACUUUGAAGUGUGGUUACUGCUGGGAUCUGGGCUCUAUAGUAAUAGGUAGUCUCAUCUAUACACAGUAUAUCACAGCUUCAGUAAGAAGACAGCAGUGAUAGCGUUUAGUUACUUAUAAGCUAAGUGUGUAAAAUUGAGAACUAAUGAUCUAACAUGUGCAGCUUUAAUAGCAGUAGUGAUCCUGUUUUAAUUCAACUAAGUGACCCUUAACCUGGAAUCUACUGUACUGUAAUUCACAAUAUUAUAUAAUAUUAUGCUCUGCAAUACUGGUAAAUGAUUAAGAAUACAAAACUGGCAGCUUAGUAGUUCAGGAUCUUUGGAAUACAUUGAAAUUCAUAAAUUCAUGAAGUUCAUUUUUGAAGCACAUAAAAUUGAACCAUCUACUGAAACCACAAACUCAGAGGAGAUAAGUUCAUCUAUAUGGCUAGUCAAAUACUUAGCUUAAUACUUAAAUACUAGUUGAAUACUAUUCCCUGUGUUACUAAUCCUAGUUAAUUCCUUUUUAAAUGUAUUUUACUGUAUUUAUUCAAAUGAGAUCAGUAGGUAUUUAUGAGACAUCUACUGUGUGCCCAGACCUCGUUAGCACUGCAGAGGAAUCAGUUUCAGUUUUUGUCUGCCUGUAAAGGUGUGACUUCUCCAGCAUGUUAGCAGCAGUUUUCACUUCUAAGCAGACUUAAGCAGAAGAUGACCCAUUUGUAAGGAGAACAGAGCAAAACAGUUUAACUUCAUUAGUUUCAACUGAGAUGUUCCACUGUAGAAGUGGAAGUGUUUUUAAAAAAUGGUCUCUGUUCUUUAACAUUUAAGAAAAAUUCCACAAAUUAGUCAUUUCUGUUGGUAAUAUAAGGGUAUGGUAUAGCUUGGAAGGAAUCAAAAGACCUGCAUUUUGGUCUGUAUUCUGCCCUUUAUGUCAACUGAGCAACCCUGAAUUUUAUUUCUAAGUCCUAGUUUUCUUAUUUGUAAGUUUGGAUAAAAAUGCUUAAUGAUACUCAGUGAAGACCAACAUUCUUCAGCUAUUAUGUCAGUUAAUUAAUAAGUUACAACUGCUGAUGAGUGCAUCUUUAGAGAAAUCUGUAAAUGAAAACUGCUUCUAUUCAUUAUAUUUACUUGAUAUCUAAUAUAUGCCCAGAGCAUGCUACCUAAAAACCUGAAAAAUUCCUAACAAGGUGCUGAAUUAGAAUCAGAUUUUACGCUUGAAGUGAGAGCUUUCAUCAAAGUCAGUGAUAGUUACCUAGCACAACAGAAAAGCUAGCUUUAGGUUUUUCUCAAAGAGGAAUUAGUACGGUACUGUUCUCCAGAUUUAUUUGGCAAACCCUUCAGGGACAAACGAUAAAAAAGGUGAUGAGUUUAAAAUGAGUUAGCAGCUACCCGUGGGACUAGGGAAAACAUAAGGUGACUAGGAAAAAAAACUCUGCCAAGACAGCUCUGGGUUAGGUACUAAUAGCCUAGAGAGUAGUGUAGAAAGGUGGCUCAGUGUUCAACAAUGAGUGUUGGCUUCUUCAGAAGAUGCUCUGCAAUGGUGAGACACUUCCUGAGAGCUGGUAGGAAUCAUGGUGUGGCCUAGUAUACUGCUGUUAGAAAGAAGGAUCAUAGCAAGUGUGCAUUUUCAGUUUUCACAUGGAGAAAUAAGAAAUGCAAAUCAGUCUCAAAAAUUCUCGUUUCCCAUUAUGUAUUAAACUGAUUGCUUCCUAUGUAAGAAAGAAGGUCUUGCCUUUUAUAUGUAAAAGGCCCUGGGUUUUAUCCCUAGCACCACAAAGAGAACAAGAGGAGCUACAGCCUUCAGACUGUUACUGAUACCCUAGACUUUUAUUUAAUGCAAUCUCAAAAAAUUAAGCAUCGUAUCUUUUGUCUAGGAAAAGCUAGUCAUUAAGGGUGACCAAUGUAACUGAGAUAGGACAGAGAUUUGCCUAAGGACACACAGUGGCUUUGGGAUUUCUGAUACUUUGCACAGACCCUGGUUUUUUGGUUGUUUUGUAGCUGCUGUCCACAUGUGUUCUUGGAGCUAGACAGAAACAAUAAUUAGUAUACUCCCUAAAUUGCUGUUCAGCAUAGUUGACCUUCAUUCUGUAGCCUUACUGCUAACCCUUCCCUUAUUUUGCUUUCAUGCCAUAAGUGAAAUAAAUAUUUGAUACCCUUUAUAUAAACAUUUUUAAAAGAUUUUUAAAAAGCAAAUGUGUAUUUCCAAAGCAGCUGGCAUAUCUUCACUACCACGGUUUUAUUCUUCUGUAGCAAGUCUCCCUCUUUACUGGGGAGGAGCAAACAACACUCACUGGAGAAGGAAGCCCUUAGGUUCCCCGUCACCCUUGGUGCCCUUCUAGUUUCUUAAGGCUUUGUCUUAACUGUGACAUUACACUUUUUGUUUAAAACCUUUUAAAGAUUUAUCCAGUGAUUCUUCCAACAAAUUUACCUGCUCUGCACUAUUCAUUAAUGAAACCCUGGCUACCACGUAGCCCUUGACCUCCAAGUAGUUUACCUAUGCAAGAUACUCUAGAUUCACUUUUUUUUUUAUUACAGGAAGCAGUCGUAAGUGUAACUUAAUCAGGAUAGGUUUGUCUUCAAUAGUAUUUUUUUGUUUCUAUUCACAAUAAUCAGCUAUUUUCCCUCCAUAUUUUUUACCAAAACAAUUAUCAUAAGUGCUAGAAAAUAUACUAUUUUGCAGGAAUAAAAUAACCAAGACAUACAUAUGCUUAUAUUUCUUUGGUGGAUUUUGUUUGAUAAGAAAUGCCAACAUUAACUGUAGAGUUGAUUCCUUGCCUAUAAUAAUUUUUUUCCUCUUAAGAUUCAUAAGUAACAUUUUCACAAAGUAUGCAUAUACUUACACAAUAUAGUCAGGGACCUGAGGUGUAACUUGCUAAGUGAACCCCAAGGUUAUUUUAUCUUGCAAAAGAAUCCUAAACCAAACUAAGGGCCUUACAGUUUAUGGUUAGACUGAAUCAAAUGCUGUAACCUCAGUUUUUCCACAAACAGCUCUUGACUGCACAGGCGAGUCAUGCAGUUGUUAAGUGUGACAUAGCACUGAUAGGAAAUGCAUGUGCAUCUUUGCAGACUGUAUUUCCUCUGGGAAAGACUUUUCUACUUUUAAUAUAAUUAAGCCAUAACAGUUUCACGCUGUGGAAAGGAUGAAAGGUUCAUUUUAAGAGAUUAUAUAGUAUGAGCUUUCACAUUUAUUGUGAAACAUCUAACUUUACCAGUGUCUCAGCAAGUUUUCUUUUAGGGUGUUGGAGGGUGGCAAUGGGGAGGGGUAGUAUUGGUUGUAGGGGUUUUAACUCUGUGAAAUUUGAAAACAGGACAAUUGUUGGCUAUGGUACUUACUAGUUUUGUAGUAAUGUUUUGCUAGCCUGACUUUCCUUAUUGGUUUUUAUGUCCGUGGUCCCUGGUGACUGUUACUCUUCUUGUUUGGGCUGUGUGCAGAGUAGUGUCUCAUUUGUGUAGGCAGUGUGUGCGCGUGUCCUUUGGCUACAGAAACACACUGUAUGACAAUGGAAUGGGGUGUGGCUGGGAGUGGGAUGCUGAAGCUUUAAGAGCAUUUGUUUUUAUUCAGAACAGUAUUUCCCAUCUUUUGCCUGCAGGCAGGGAAAGUGUACAGUAUUUAUUUUGUUUCUGUUUUACUCUGAAUUUGUAAGUCUUUAAGUAGCUUAUAUUAUUAUUAUAGGGGAAGACAAGUGACUUGCUUAAAGUUGUACUUAGAAUUCUUACUUCCUAAUUUGUGUAUUUUUAAAUAUUGAAAUUAAAAUUGUAUUACUUCUGUUUUGAUUUUUUUAGCACUCAGUGUAUUUUUUGCUCAUUUUGUUUAAAAGUAUAAAUGUUGAAAGUUGUAUAAAAUGUGUCUCUGAAAGAAAAAAUCUGAAUUCUAUAUCCAAUUCUGACUUUCUGGUCCUUUUUCUGAAUCUCAAGUACUAGAAUGUAGAAAACUGUUAUGUUCUUACUAUUUCUGAGGAUCUAAAUGUGGAAACUAAUGUCUCAACAGAGGUAUUGCUGGGGAAGAGUGAAGAAAGACUCGAGUGGUUGUUAAGAUGAGACGGCAGAGUGGAGGCAGAUGUGAGUGGGAAGCACGGUUCAUAAAAACUCAGACAGAAAUUGGGGUUCAACCUGAAGGUCAGAAAAGCAGCAGCCAGACACUGGCUCUUACCCCACCUCAAUCCAAAAUGGUGAUCCUGCCUCCAGGAAUCUCAGAAUGAGACUGUGUUGGGAGCUGUCUAGUCCCUCUUUUAUAAUUCUUUGUAGCUCUGGGAUUAAGGGCG